CGCUAUGCUACGCUAUCGCUGAAAUCGGCAAGUCAGUUUGCUAGGCUAGCCUGCUAGCUAGCCAGUUAACAAGCAGAGAAAGAAAGAGGCAGCGUUAUAUAAUCCGAUUUAGUUUAAUCUUUGGAUGUAUAAUAACGUAUUUUAAUGGUUGACAUUGGCUGUCGUUGCCUUAGAGUCUUCCGAAAAUACGAAAGUGCCGAGUUGGGUAGGUAGCAUAAGCUUGUUUGCUACAAGUAGCAAAUUGGUGGCCUCGUCUUCUCAGAACUACGGAGAAGCCGGUAGCUACUAUCGAGCUAUUUGAAAUGUUCGACCUGGAUGGAAACCUUUCAUGUCAAUGACACCACUCAAAAAGAGGUCCUCACUAGACAUGGGGAGCGCCGUUACCCAGCUCUAAGCCUGAGCCAUGAACUCCGUGUCUCCCAGUGCAGCUCAGUAUGUGGGGGGAGUCGUGGCGAGCGUAGUGGGUCAGGACAACACGCUCCAGGGAAAGGUGAUCCGGGGGCCCAUGCAGGCCUCGCCAGUAGACCCUGGCGGGGGAGGUAGCUUCGGGAACCAGCAGGGUCCUCACCUUGGUGGAGUUAGAGCCAUGGACGCCAACACGGCUGGUGAACCAGAUGAGGUGGACAAACUCAAGGCCAAGCUGAUGUCGGCUUGGAAUAAUGUCAAAUAUGGCUGGUCGGUCAAAUCGAAAACCACAUUCAACAAGAACUCUCCUGUCACUGUUAUGGGCCAUUCCUAUGUGCUUAAUUGCGAAGAUGAGGUGGAGCGGUUCAGGCUAGCAUUUGUGUCCCGGCUGUGGCUGACCUACCGCCGGGAGUUCCCCCAGCUGGAUGGCUCUGCGUGGACCACUGACUGCGGCUGGGGCUGCAUGCUGCGCAGCGGACAGAUGCUUCUGGCCCAGGGCCUCCUGGUGCACCUGCUGCCCCGAGACUGGUCGUGGCCGAGCGCCCAGGAGUUUGCCGACGUGGACUUCGAAGCUCUGAGACCCCGCUCCCCAUCCCGCGCUGGGGGUGUGCCCAUCCCCUCGUUCGGCUACUCCUCCUCCCCGCGUACCCCCACGAUGCCCCAGAAGACCCCAAUGCCUGGGGACACUGCUCUCAAACGGGGCCAGAAGACCAGGCCAGAGGCAGGCAGGCACAGCCAGUCUGAGCCGCUCCACCGGAGGCUCGUAGCCUGGUUUGGGGACGUUCCUCCGGCCCCGUUCGGACUGCACCAGCUGGUGGAGUUGGGAAGGAGCUCCGGGAAGAAGGCAGGGGACUGGUAUGGCCCCUCAGUGGUGGCCCACAUACUCCAAAAAGCAGUGGCCCAAACGUCUGAGGUUCAGAACCUUGUUGUGUAUGUGGCCCAGGACUGUACUGUGUACAAAGGGGAUGUGGUGUGUCUAUGUGACCAGUCGUUGACCCGCGGAAUGUCCGUACCGGAGCCCAGCGGGUCAGACUGGACGUCUGUCAUCAUCCUGGUACCUGUCAGACUAGGUGGAGAGUCUCUCAACCCAUCCUACAUCCAGUGUGUCAAGAACAUUCUCAGGUUAAAAUGCUGUAUCGGAAUCAUCGGAGGCAAACCCAAGCAUUCACUGUUCUUUAUUGGCUGCCAAGAUGACCAGCUGCUGUAUCUGGACCCUCACUACUGUCAGGCGGUGGUGGAUGUAACUCAAGGCAACUUCCCCCUGGAGUCAUUCCACUGUAGCUCCCCGAGAAAAAUGCCUUUCAGUCGGAUGGACCCCAGCUGUACAAUUGGCUUCUACGCCAGGACCAAGAAGGACUUUGAGACUCUGUGUGGCGAUGUCAGUGAGGCACUGUCAUCUUCCAAAGAGAAGUAUCCAAUCUUUACCUUUGUGGAGGGUCAGGGGCCAGAUUAUGGAUUGGCCUCUCAAAGCUCCUCCCACCUACACUCUGAUACCUCCCCCAGCCCCGCCCACAUCCUGCCCACAGGCAAGCUGAACAAGAGCAAUAAUCGAGGCAGCUUGGAUGAAUUUGUCUUCCUGUGAGUACUAGGCAGUGUUGACGAGGAACAGAAUGUCCGGCAAGCGGGACACAUCGGGGUGGUACUCUUGGAGCUUGUCCGUUAAGAAACCCUCGUUGUCAUUCUCCUAUUGCAAAGUAUUUUCCUGCGGUGAACCAUGAAUUGGACUGUGCUAAAUUGAACACCCUAUCUGGCUACAAGGUGGGCUAAAGAUUGAGUUCUAGAGUAUUCACAUAGAUUCAGUAUUUCUGAUCAUAGAGCUCCAAAGGACACAUGCUUUCUGCUAUAUCACACACUGGAACUUUGUUUCUGUCCUAUUCGAGGCGAGGCUUCAACUGAAUGUCAUUGGCGGUCUGUCUCAACAGAAGGUGGUAUUAUAAUGUAGCACUGGGAUUUACAGGCUGGGUCUUUUAUUUUGCAAAUGGAACCAUGGGGCCAGUUUGAGACCUGCAAUAUGACAGAAUGAACUCCGCCCUGUUCUCUGAUAUACAUCUGCUGUACACCCCUGGGGUUUUAUUUAUAAGACUUAUAGGCUGAGGUGUGUGUGUGGUUGUCUGCUGUAAAGAUUGCCAUGUGAUCUGAAGCCGUCCACAUGUUUUUGAACAGCGGUGAUGCUCACACCCUCUCUAGGGACUGAACUCCUGACCUAUUUGUUCUCUGCUGACCUCUCGCCCAGGAACGACGCUGCCCUACAAACGUCAUGGCUAUAGUAUAACACUGAAAUUACAUGGCUGUAAUCGUUUCCUGACUUUCCUACAGUAAUACAGGUCCUUGGAAACCCGGCAAACACUGUUCACGCAACUGUUACCUGGGCCAGACAUACUGGGUUCGUAUAAUAUUCGAUUUUGUUUCUAAGCACAUUGAGUGUUGAGUGGGCCUGGCCUGAGGGUCAGGUGGGCAGCAUUUGCUGAACUUGUGGGACUGUUCUGUUGGUUUGCAUUUCGCCACACAAGCUCAGUCGGUCACAGAUGUACCAGAGCUCUGGCCUAAUAUUAAUACUGCAGUAUAAAAGGUAAUAGGAUGCUGUUUUUAAACUCAGUAUGUAGUUGAAUGGGUGCCUCUUAGAAGAACUGUGUAAAUGAGAAUUGAUGAAUGCAUGACAUUAAAAAAUAUUUAUUUUUACUUUCAUGCAGCUAUGAUAUGAUUGUUAAUGUAAUUUUCUGGUUUGUUUUUGCCAUCUGGUUUUUACAAAGGCAAUUUUUUUGCCACUUGCACUAUCAUUUAAAAUACCACUUGUUUAACACUGGAACUUGCAUGCUGAUGUUAUCUUGAUACUUUUUGUUCAUUCCCAACCUCUGUUGGCUUUUAUCUUAUGGUUCAGCUAAAAGCCAUACACACUGCACUACACAUCUGAGAUAAGUGUACCUAUUUUUUUCUUAAGGCCACCAAAAUUUAAGUUUUGAUAUUUUUGAUAUUUACUGCAUUAUUUGUGGAGACAAAAUGAAAUAAAUCUUUCAUUUGUAGGUUUUUAUUAAUUUACUUGAACCACUGGUUCAUGUCAGGUAAAGAUAUUUCAUAAUAUAUGUUAAGUCUGAACUCUGAUUAAUUGGUAACCAUUGGUAUUCCUUGUCAGCCCAUCUCUAGAUUGUUAAAUGUAAACGUUCAUUUUGUUUACAAGUAUUUAAAUAAUGUGUUUAUAAGCUAACAUUCUAAAUACCUGAAUUUCUGCAACUGAUCAAAAACAAUACAGAAAUACAGAAAUGUAUUUCUGAAAACACAGAAAUACAUUUGAAAUUCUGCACACCCCCAGACUUGUACUGAAUGUGGAUACGUGCGCAUGUAACAUUUUGAUUCUUGUCAAAAACUUUUUUUUACACGUGACCAAUUGAAGAGUCGUUUUUCAGAAAUAUUGGAUUUUUCAACACUGAGGGCAUAAUCCAUCAGUAAAGUAGUGAAUACUUGGCUAACGUGCUGCUUGGUUGUGAAACUCCACGCUCACGAGUAAAGUUCAUUAAUAUGCAACUCAACUGUAGAUGCACUAUAGAUGAAUGAUUUCUCAAAAACGCCACUCAUGUCACGAAGUUUAUCUGCAAUAAGCUGUCUGAAACCUCAGUGACACGCUUGUUUUAGAUUUAUCGCGCACAUCCCCCUUCUUGCAUAAUGACUCCAGUGUGGUUUAUCUUCAGGUGAAUUAUGUAUCGCAGUCAUGCUCACAUGCAAUGCAAGUUAGGUUUGCAAGAGACCUCUCUUUUUGUACUUUCCGCUGGUAUAGCUUCUGCCAUCGCUUUGUCAUUGAUCUUUAAAAACCCUUUUGGUCCGAUUGAUCAAUUAGUUGUUGCACCCCUAGGACAAACUUUUUUUUUUUUGGCAUCAUAUCUAUGUAGAAAACCUUUUUUCAUUAUAAAGUAGGUCUAACUGUGUAAGGUAAGCUGUUUGAAUGGAAUAAACAAAACAUCUAUGCCAUA